AUGAAGUUCGGCGCCACCCUCCGCAAGAGCAUCUACCCGCCGUGGAAAGACCAGUACAUCGACUAUGACAAGCUCAAGAACCUGCUCCGCGAGCACGAUGAAGACAAGCCGUGGACCUCGGACGAUGUCACGGAUUUCACCGAGGAGCUUGCCAACGUGCAGCUGGAGAAGGUGUAUAACUUUAAGCAAGACGUCCAGAACAAGCUGAAGGAGCGUACGACGGCUUGCGAGAAGAAACUCGAGCCAUUGGCCAUUGGCAUCAAGGCGGAGGAGAGCAAGAACAACGGCGAGGCGGCGUCUUCGUCCAAGGACAACAAGUCGAAUGUGUCGCCUGCCGAGAGGAAGAAGAUUCUCGAGGAGGUUCUUAAGGAGCUAGAUGGGAUCACGAAGGAGGUCAAGGAGCUAGAGAAAUAUGGGCGCAUCAACUACACGGCGGUGAUCAAGGCGACGAAGAAGCAUGACAAGCUGCGUGGGAGGUCGUACCGUCUGAGGCCGUUCAUCAACGCGCGCCUCACCGAAAAGCCAAUCUAUACGGAAGAUCAGAGCUCGCUACUGUACCGGCUCUCGGCCAUGUAUAGCUUCGUGCGCCAGAGCUUGGAUGGCAAGCCGCAGGAGGCGUUGUCAUUUGCAGAGAACGCUACGAGCUCAGAGGACUUUACCUCCUACAAAUUCUGGGUCCACAAGGAAAAUCUACUCGAAGUCAAGACCGUAAUCCUCCGCCGUCUCCCCGUCCUCGUGUACAACCCGCAGACCUCGAAGAUCGCCGAAGGCACCCAGCGCGAUCCCACCAUUACCUCCAUAUAUUUCGACAAUCAGGACUUCCCGCUAUAUACGGACAAGGUCAACGGUGUCCCCAACGCCGCCUCGCUUCGUCUUCGAUGGUAUGGGCAGCUUGCCGAGGAACCUAACAUCUUCCUCGAAAAGAAAGAGAUGAGGGAGGGAGACGCAGCUGAGGAACAGCGUUUCGCGAUCAAAGAGAAGUACAUCCAGCCGUUCAUCACCGGCAAGUACCACAUGGAGAAGCAGAUCCAGAAGAUGGAAGCUCGCAGUAUUCAGGACGAGCAGGAGGUCAACGAGUUUAAGAAGACCGUAGACGAUAUCUCCAACUUCAUCAAGGAGAAAGAUCUGCAGCCAGUCUUGCGCGCAAACUACACUCGCACUGCGUUUCAGAUUCCAGGCGAUAAUCGCGUGCGGGUGUCUCUGGAUACGAACCUGGCGCUUAUUCGCGAGGAUUCUCUGGACCUGGACCGUCCGUGCCGUGAUCCUGAUGACUGGCAUAGGCGGGAUAUUGAUGACCGCCAGAUGGAGUAUCCAUUUAAGGAGCUCAGGAAGGGCGAGCGAUACGACUUCCCUCACGCAAUACUCGAGAUCAAGGUCAAGGGCAUGAAGAAAUAUGAGUGGAUCGAGGACCUGAUCAACUCUCACUUGGUCAAGGAGGCUCCACGCUUCUCCAAGUUCGUGCAGGGUGUAGCCAAGCUGUUUGAAGACCAGGUCAACACAUUCCCCUUCUGGCUCAGCGAGGUCGAAACGGACAUCAAGCGCGAACCCGAAGCCGCUUUCGAAGAAGAACAGAAGAAAAAGCAGAAAGCCGCCGAGGACGACUUCGCCGUCGGUAGUCUCUUCGGCGCCCGCGCAAGCCCCAGCUACCGUCCCUCAGUCAUCUCCCCCGCCGGCUCGCCCGCCGCCGCAGCAGGCACAUCCUUCCGCAAGCCCAGCGCCCCCGUGAAGCCCUCGCCCCUCGUCGUCGAACAGCCCAAGCCUACAAACGAAGACGUCGACAGCGACGAAGACGGCACGACCGUCGUACCUGGCAACCGCAGCGCAGGCUUCUCCUCGCUCUUCCCCUCCUUCUCCACCUCCAAAUACGCCCGCCGCAAGGAAUCCUCCCAGCAGCAGGUCAAGCUCCCCCCAGGCAUCAGACACCCCGGCAUCUGGAUCAAAGACCAGGGCCCCGUCCGCGUCGAAGCAAAAGUCUGGCUCGCCAACCAGCGCACCUUCAUCAAGUGGCAGCACGUCUCCGUGCUGCUCGCUUCGCUCUCCCUCGGCUUGUACAACGCCGCCGGCGAAGCCAACAACGUGGCGCGCAUCCUAGCCGUCGUGUACACAUGCGUGGCGUUGUUUACGCUGCUCUGGGGCUAUGGCAUCUACAUGUGGAGGAGGAGACUCAUCACCGAGCGCAGCGGCAAGGACUUUGAUAAUAUGGUGGGGCCGCUCGUGGUAGCUGUGGGCUUGGCGGUUGCGCUCUGUUUGAAUUUUGGGUUCAAGUAUCGCGCUAUUCAGGCGGAGCAUGAUCGCGUGAGGCAUAAUGGGACGGCGCAGGCGGUGGUGGAAACGCUGCUGGAGCACAUUGAGUUGGUGCGUUGA